CCCUUUUCCUGGCCUUCAAACUGCCCGCUUUCUUUCAACCACACGAUAUCUGCACCUCCCGCAGGCAUCUCCUUUCGUUAAUCGAAGGUGCACCAUUAUGGCCGAACGCAAGUCCGCGUACGGCACCGCCGCAGCCUCCGAUACCGACUUCCGCCGCACCUGGGACCGCGCCGAAUACGAAGCAAAGGCCAAAAAGGAACAAGAAGAACGUCGCGAGGAAGCCAAAGCGCGCUAUGAAGCUAAACUCGAAGGGAAAAAAUGGCACAAACCCGUGGACUUCUCGUCCUUGGACUCUACGACUGCGCGUGGCUCAAGAUUGGACGUGGCGAGCAUGGUCGGAAAGAGUACCAUUGUCCCGGCCGGUGCGGGAAUCGGCAAGAGAGGGAAGGGCGCAGGGUUUUACUGCGAAGCCUGUGACCUGACAUACAAGGAUAAUGUGCAGUACAUUGAACAUUUGAAUUCGAAGCAGCACCUGAUCAACACGGGCCAGUCGGGGCAGGUGAAAAGAGCAACGUUGCAGGAUGUGCGGGAAAGGUUAGAAAUGCUCAAGGCACGGAAGAGACAGCAGGAGGAAGAGGCGAAGAUGUUGGGCGAGGUCGAUAUCCAGGCGAGGAUCAAAAGGGCUGAAGAGAUCGACGCGGCGGAGAGAGAAGAGAAGAGAAGAAAGAGAAACGAAAAGAGGAGAGCGGCCAAGGAAGAGAAGGGUGUCAAGAAAGAGGAUGAGUGGGAGGGGCGACUGGGGAUCAUCUCUUGACUUGGAUGGAAUGGAAGCAUUCAUCAGAUGCCAUUUUCACGACAAACCAGACCUCGCCACGAUUGUAACGCGGAGCAAGUGCUUCCUCGACGACUUCUCGACUUGCUCAACGCCUCACCUUCGAUGGUACCAUCAACAGCCUGCUUCGAGCCAGCUAUGUACAAACGGAUGGAGCUGUUAGCAAAGAUUCGGUCUCGUCUUUGAUGCGGUCCCCGAGUUGGUCCCGACAUGACAGGAUGGUUGUUUGAUCAACCGACUGUCCGCUUACCCACAAUUGCAUGCACCUCCUUAUAUUGAGAUCGGGAUACAACAUGAUUCCGACCAGCGGUGUUUCUGCGAGAGGACCAUUUCACACCAGCGGUGAACGGUUCGAGGUAGCUAGCUCUAUGAUGGCCAUUCCAGGUCUGGUAGAGGGAUUUAUCCUUCCAAAAUGCCAGAAAAGACAUUGAAGGACUGGCACAACGGAGCACAAUACAGGCCACUGCGCGAACCGUACAUUGGCGUCAAGAUCACCAUUGCUCGAGGCUACGACUAACGAGAAAUCUCGUGCCCACUCGAUCUACCGAACGACAACGCUGCCAGAUUUACAGCCAGGUCUUCCAAUGAGAUAUACCCUCUCGUCACGAAACUCUGGAUCAAGGUCGUGAAGACUGAAGGUCUCUUGUUGCAAACGUUUCGGUAGCAUGUGCUGGACUGUAGCCUCGCGGGGGAAGCCCAAGUCCGACAUGCUGACGUCAUUGGCUGGAUGUUGGAUCCAUGGAUCGAUGCAGCCUCGUCGAUCCCAACAAACGACAUCUCUACAAACACCAAGCAACACUGAUGAGAGACAUAUCCAACAAUCUCCAUAGCAGAAUCCCCAAGUCGACAGGGACGCACACUGUAGAAUGGCAGCCUCCCAAGUGGCCAGCACAAAGAGGAGACUGUCAAAGCGCUUGGCAGCAUCACCGGCAUCGCCAUCCACGAGUGACGCACA